AUGAACGCCAACGAUGAGAAGCUUGUGUUCGAGUCCUCCGAGGCAGUCAAGGUUGUCUCAACAUUUGACGACCUUGGACUCAAAGAGGAUCUACUCCGUGGGAUCUAUGCAUACAACUUCGAGAAGCCGUCUGCCAUCCAGCAGCGAGCCAUUUUGCCCAUCACCAAGGGGCGUGAUGUGAUUGCCCAAGCACAGUCCGGAACUGGUAAAACUGCAACAUUCUCCAUUUCUAUUCUCCAGUCUAUCGACACUACGCUCAGGGAGACCCAGGCGCUGGUAUUGUCUCCUACUCGCGAACUCGCGACUCAAAUCCAGUCGGUUAUUCUCGCUCUAGGCGAUUAUAUGAACGUUCAAUGCCACGCUUGCAUUGGCGGAACAUCCAUUGGCGAGGAUAUCCGCAAGCUCGACCACGGUCAACACGUUGUAUCCGGCACUCCUGGCCGCGUAUUCGAUAUGAUCCGUCGCCGCAAUUUGCGCACUCGCAACAUCAAAAUGCUUGUUCUGGAUGAGGCAGACGAACUACUCAACAAGGGCUUCAAAGACCAGAUUUAUGACGUCUAUCGAUACCUUCCUCCAUCUACCCAGGUUGUGGUUCUUUCUGCCACCCUCCCUCACGAUGUCUUGGAGAUGACCACCAAGUUCAUGACAGACCCCAUUCGCAUCCUCGUCAAACGUGAUGAGUUGACGCUUGAAGGAAUCAAGCAGUUCUUUGUAGCUGUUGAGAAGGAAGAUUGGAAGUUCGAUACCCUGUGCGACUUGUAUGACACUUUGACCAUUACCCAGGCGGUCAUCUUCUGCAACACUCGUCGCAAGGCAAGUUGGCUCGUUGAAUGGCUUACUGAAAAAAUGCGUGCUGCCAACUUCACUGUGGCAUCCAUGCACGGAGAUAUGGUUCAAAAAGAACGUGAUGCCAUUAUGGCGGAAUUCCGUCAAGGAUCGAGCCGCGUUCUAAUCACUACGGACGUCUGGGCACGAGGCAUUGACGUACAGCAAGUGUCGCUGGUCAUUAACUAUGACCUUCCUUCUAACCGUGAAAACUACAUCCAUCGUAUUGGUCGUUCUGGUCGUUUUGGACGCAAGGGUGUGGCUAUUAACUUUGUCACGAUUGACGACGUGCGCAUUCUUCGCGAUAUUGAACAGUAUUACAGCACUCAAAUCGACGAAAUGCCAGUCAACGCUGCAGAACUUAUUUAA